AUGUUGCAAAUCAUCACCCUUCUUUAUGUAAUGGUCACAGUCACAUGCGCUGGAUCAUCGGUAAGCCAUGAUGAAGAAUGCUCAGCCUUGUUUCAGUUUAAGCAAAGCAUAAUUCAUCAAGAUGAUGCGGCUUGUGCUGCCAGUUGGUUUCAGACAUUUGACUCUUGGAAACCCACAAGCAAUCCAUCGUCAGAUGCUGGUUUUGAUUGUUGUGUGUGGUAUGGGGUGGAGUGCAGCAACGACCAUGAGUACCGUCAUGUGGUUGCCCUUGACUUGAGCGAAAGGUUUCUUUGUGGGCAUAUCAGCUCUAGCAGCAAGCUCUUCAGCCUUGUGCAUCUUCAAAGCCUCAACCUUGCCAUGAAUGACUUUGAUGAAUCUGAAAUACCAUCUGAGAUUGGUCGUCUAAAGCAAUUAAGAAGCCUCAAUCUCUCUGAUUCUGGGUUUAGUGGCCAAAUACCGAAUGAAAUGUCGCAGUUGGUGCAAUUGUUUUCUUUAGAUCUUUCAAGGAAUCCACUAAAGCUUGAAAGUCCUAGUGGCCUCAAGAAACUACUGCAAAACAUAACAGGACUCAAAGAACUCGAUCUCUCCGGGGUUGACAUUAGUUCUUUUGUGCCUCAUUUCUUGGCCAACUUUUCUUCUUUGAGGUCAAUAAGGUUAUCUGAUUGUUCGCUUUGGAAUGAAUUCCCUUCCACUAUUCUUGGGCUACCAAAGUUGAAAAUUCUUGACGUGGCGUCCAAUACCAACCUCACCGGAUCUUUACCUGAAUUUUAUAACAACAGUUUACUUGAACAUGUGAAUCUAUCUUUCACUGGUUUCUUAGGGCGCAUUCCAAGUUCACUCAAUAACAUGACCCGGCUCACUACAUUGGGUCUUGGUAGCAAUAAGUUCACUGGCUUUGUUCCUUCAUUGGUUGGUCUUUCCGGACUCCAUGUUUUGCAACUUGAUGGUAACAAAUUCAAGAAUGGUUGCUUCCCUAAUUGGCUUGGCAAACUGACUAAACUUAGUGAACUAUAUCUAGCUAAUAUGAGCAUAAACUGUGAAAUCCCACACUUUCUUGCAAACCUAACCAAACUUGGUGUUGUUUCAAUCGAAAGAAAUUCACUUAUUGGGCAUAUACCAUCCUCGUUUUUCAACCUCACCCAACUAAGAAGGUUAAACCUUAAGUAUAAUCAAUUGCAAGGACCAAUUUCAAGGUCAUUUUCCAACUUCGAAAGUCUUCAAUAUCUUGGCCUACGUAUGAAUAAUUUCUGUGGUAGGGUAGAUCUAGGCAUAUUCCUAGGACUCAACAACCUCGAAACUCUUUACUUAAGUGAUAACAACAUAUCAUUAGUGGUCACCAACAACUACACCAAUACCACCUUACCACAUUUAAAAGUCUUAGACCUACAAUCAUGUAACUUGAAGGAGUUUCCAGCCUUUUUGCGCUUUCAAAAUAAAAUGACAGCCUUAUUUUUCGGCUUCAACAAACUUGAUGGCCUGAUACCAGUGUGGAUUUGGAACAACAGCCAAGAAACAUUACAACAGUUUGAUGUUUCAGAUAACUCCAUCACUGGCUUUCAUAAACAUCCACAUUUUCUACCAUGGCGAUUUUUGGAAGGUUUUUUCAUCGGUAAUAAUCACAUAGGAGGACAACUACCAAUUCCACCACAAACCACAACUGUUUAUUCAGCCCCAAACAAUUAUUUGACAGGAGAAAUACCAGAAUUGAUAUGUGAAGUGAAAUCUAUUCAACUGUUAGAUUUGUCUUCUAACAACAUGAGUGGAACUCUACCUCCAUGUUUGGGUAACUUAAGCAAUUCUCUGUUGGUUUUGGAUCUGAGACGAAAUAACUUUGAUGGUACAAUGAUGAAUGCGUUUAUGCUAGGAAGCCCUUUGAGAAGUAUUGAUUUGAGCGAAAAUCAAUUUACGGGUCAGCUGCCAAGGUCAUUGAUAAAUUGUACAAAUUUAGAGGUUCUCUCUCUUGGAGAUAACCUUUUUGAUGAUGUAUUUCCUUCUUGGUUGGGAACCCUUUCCAAUCUACAAGUUCUGGUUUUGCGGUCCAACAAAUUUUCUGGUGCACUUCAAGGUUCCGCAACUGUGUGGCAACAGUUCCCUAAGUUGCGGAUCAUAGACCUCUCUAACAAUGCUUUUAGUGGUCAUUUGCACCAUAAAUACUUCCAAACAUGGGAUUCCAUGAAAUCCGUUUAUGAUGGCAAAUCAUAUGUUAUGGAAACCAAUAUGUCCUUCAAAUCAUUCAGAGAAAUCCCGCAAUCACUCCAAGAUCUUCAAGGGCUUCAAUCACUCAAUCUUUCCAACAAUCAUUUUACUGGACAAGUCAUGCAGUCCUUGGGAUACCUAAAGAAUCUUGAAUCUAUGGAUCUCUCCCAAAACAAGUUAUCUGGAGAAAUUCCUCAACAGUUGGUGCAACUCAACUUCCUUUCCAUUUUCAAUGUGUCAUUCAACCAUCUUGGUGGGCGCAUACCCACAGGGCAACAAUUUAAUACAUUUGAGAAUGAUUCCUACAAGGGGAAUCCUGGAUUAUGCGGAAAACCUUUAUCCAUGAAAUGUCAAGGUUCAAAAGCGUCAAGACGUCCACCAGCAAGCAAUGCGUCAGAGUUUCUCUUCCCAAGUGAAAGAAUUGAUUGGAUCAUCAUAUUUUGUGGAGUUGGAAGUGGGCUGGUUGUUGGGGUUGUUAUUGGAAAUCUUCUAUAUAAAAGGUGUAGUGAUCGGUUCACAAAGAGGAAAGACAGAUGGGUAAGGCCACUUUGUAACACAAAGAGAAACCAAGGAGUAUCAUAG